UUUAAUCCUCAUAUCCUGGCUGCUCAGACCAUAGAUUAUAUCCUGCUCAUUUGACUUCGUAAUGGCUAGCCAAGAGAAUCAAGAGAUGCAGUCAAAUAAAAGACAGUUCACAUGGAAGGAAUUAAGUCAGCUCAAUAAAAGACACAACGCUCACGUUGCUUACAAAGGGAAGGUCUACGAUGUCAGUAGCUUUGUUCCGAAUCAUCCAGGCGGCGUAGACCAGAUCAUGAUGGCUUCGAGUCACGAUAUCACCAACAUCUUUGAGCUUUAUCACAAACCAGAGACCGUUAACCAUAUCCUCGAGAAGUAUUAUGUUGGUGAUCUGAUUGAUAACGAAAUGCCUGUAUAUAGCAAUGAGGAUUCAGAUUUCUUUUUAACACUGCAGAAAAGGGUACGAGACUACAUGAAGUCUCAGAAGCUAGAUCCUAAAUUUGACCCAAGGAUGUUCUUUGUCUAUUUUAUUUUCACGUUCCUAAUCUGGACCUGUUGGUAUAUCAUGAUGAGGCUCAGCUCAUUUCUGUUACUCAGUUCAGUGUUUGCAAUUGGUUGGGGAGUUAGCUCGGGUGUAUCAGCACUCACGCUAGGACACGAUUCAAGUCACUAUGCAAUUACUCAUAAGCCAUGGGUCUGGAAAGCGCUCAAGUUUGUAACUGGACUCAAUAUUGGUUUCUGCUUAUACACUUGGUCUUAUCAGCAUAUCUAUGGUCAUCAUAAGUUUACAAAUGUUGAAGGCUCUGAUCCAGAUAUUGUGACAACUAAAAAUGUACAUUCAAUCUGGCGUAUUAAAAAGCAGCAGCCGUGGAUUUCACGUUACCUUUACCAACAUAUAUACAUGCCAUUUGUAUUCAGUUUGCUUACUAUAAAAAUCAAAUUGCAAGACUUUCAUACAAUGUACAUCUUAAAGAAAGGGCCAGUACGAAUGAAUCCACCCACACCAAUGAUCUGGGCCGAGUUUUUCUUCGUUAAAACGUUUCAUGUAUUUAUGCUGUACUAUGUACCCCUCUACUACAUGACGUGGUCACGAAUGCUACUUUUGAAUUUGAUUUAUGAGCUGAGCUUUGGAUUUUAUCUUGCUUUCUUGACACAGAUAACUCACGUUAACACAAAGGUUAUUUGGCCCGAUCCUGAUGAAGCCAAGAAAGUAUACACACACAAAACUUGGGCUGAACUACAAGUUCUUACAACUACAGACUAUGCUACUGAUGGUUGGCUGUGGACAAUUAUGUCUGGCUCUCUCAACCACCAAAUAGCCCAUCACUUGUUCCCUGGAGUCAUCCAGUCUCAUUAUCGCCACAUUACACCUAUUGUACGCCAGACGUGUAAAGAUUUCGGGAUUCAGUACAACUACGAGGAAGGAUUGAGCGGGACAGUAUACAGCCAUUUUAAGUAUCUCUUGAAUAUGGGGAGAGGAGUAGAAACAAUGGAAGAGUAAUGCGCACAUUUUUUUUAAUGCAUAAUUUUUAUUGUUUUUUUUUUCAUAAAUGCUGUAUUUUUAGGAACAGUAA